GUCGCCAACUUCUCGACCACCGCACCGAAUCCCACGCAGCCCACGCCGCACCACGACUUACGAGUGAAAGAAGAAAAGAAAAGAAAAAAAAAAACCAAUCCGUGAUUCUCUUACAAUGCGCUUUUCAACAACCGCCCUCCUGGUCACCGCGCUGGGCUGGGUCUCCGCCGCCGCCGCCCACACCAUCCAGCUCAAGGCACACUCGCGCGAAUGCUUCCACGAAUCGCUGCACAAGGACGACAAGAUGACCGUCAGCUUCCAGGUGGGCGAUCGCGAGUUUGGAGGAAGCGGCAACCUCGAAAUCGACUUUUGGGUCGAGGAUCCCAAUAGAAACCGCCAAUACUACAAACAAGCCAUCUCAUCGGAAGAUUACUCCUUCACCGCACACUCGGACGGCAAAUACGUCUACUGCUUCAGCAACGAAGGCUGGACCUCCAACUCCAAGGAGGUCUCCUUCAACGUCCACGGCAUCGUCUAUAUCCCUGAGUCGGAAUGGGCGCAGGAUCCGCUGGAUGCGGAGGUCCGCCGUCUCUCCGAAGCCCUCGCCCAAGUCAAAGACGAACAGUCGUACAUCGUCGUCCGCGAACGCACACACCGCAACACCGCCGAAAGCACCAACGCCCGCGUCAAAUGGUGGAGUAUCUUCCAGCUGGCCGUCCUCAUCGGCGAGGGCAUCUUCCAGGUCUGGUGGCUGAAACGGUUCUUCGAGGUUUGAACCACUUUGUUUCCUAUAUGUAUAUAUCUAUCUAGCUUCUACGUACUGACCGGUGGUAGGUCAAGCGUGUUGUCUGAUUUAAAAUACUUCUACUUUUUUACUCCAAAAAAAAAAAAUAUUUCAUGUCAAUGGAGAACUGGUGCAUCUCCUAUAGCGAAUUGGCGUACGG